ACUACAGAAUGGAUGGGUGUUUCUGUAGUUUCUGGUUCGACUGGUCGAUUUGCUGCCUGUGCUCAUCGACAUUUACAGACUACUGUAACAAAGGAUGGUAAACAGUGGGAGACUAUUGGUCGAUGCGUUGUUUACUCUCAACACUUUGCUGUUGAAGGAGUCUACAAGCCUUGCCAACGUAACCAGGAUGAAGCCCAAGAGACUGUCUUGUCUCAUGGAGACUGUGAGGCAGGGAUAGCGGUUGCUCUUGGCAACAAUGACAAGACGUUGAUUAUGGGAGCCCCGGGAACAGACGUUUGGUUAGGAGCUGUGUUUAGUCAGGAAAUUAAUUAUUUUGAUGUUGGGGAACUGACAAGAACAACAAGUGGGUCAAUGAACAACACACAUAGGGUCAGGCUCCAGGGUUAUAGUCUUAGUGUUGGACAGUUUGUUUCUGAAACUAAUGAGUCUAUUGUACAGUAUGCUGUUGGUGUGCCACAUUGGAAUGCAGCUGGUCAAUAUGGAAGAGUCAAUGUGUUCUCGCAAGACGUGGAAAAACAAACGAUUCAAUUGCUGAAGUCUUUUACUGUGUAUGGACGCUACAGCGGAUCAUACUUUGGUCACACCGUAUUGGCGGCUGACACUACUGGAGAUGGAUUAGAUGAUCUAUUGGUUGCUGGACCGACUUACUCUGACUUUCGGCCAGAAAUUGGGCAUGUUUCAGUAUUUAAGAACUUGAAUGGACGGUUUGGAACUGCAAACAUAGAACUGACAGGAAGUAUUCCGUUUGGGCGCUUUGGCCAUGCAAUUGUGCUGCUCGGUGAUGUCAACAAGGAUGGCUACAAUGAUGUGGCCAUUAGUGCUCCAUAUGGUGGUGAAGAUCAUCUAUUAGGAACAAUUUAUAUUCAUUUUGGAUCUCAAGAUGGUCUUGUAAGACAAGCAUCACAGAUUAUAUCAGCAUCCAGUGUGGCACAUAAGAGGCCAGUUUCGAUGGCAUUUGGGGCCUCAAUGGCUGGAGCUUUUGAUGCAGAUGGCAACGGAUAUCCUGAUCUAGUUGUUGGCUCUUACUUGUCAGAGGAAAUUACAUUGCUUCGAACUCGUCCUGUUGUAUCUAUCAAAGGUAGAGUUACAUUGAGUCCAAACUUAAUCACAAACAAUUUCCCGCAGACAUGUUUUGGUACUUCUGGAGAAUUAUACACAUGCGUCGUUGUAAAUGUAUGUGUUCGUGUUGUCACUGACGUGCCUUCGUCUCUGAACAGAAUCAAUUAUCGUGUUAUACUAGAUCAGCGAAAGAAGAGUCUUGGACUGAAAUCUCGGGCAUUUUUUAAUAGUACUGGUCAUCGGCGUGCAGUUGGCAUAUUUCAUCUUCCAAACUACAAGGGUUCAAGACAAGUUUGUCAAGAAUUGACUGCUUUUAUCCUUAAAAAUAUCCGAGACAGGACAACACCGGUGGAGGUCUUGUUCAAGUACUCUUUGCCAUCUGGACAUAAAACACAAUUGUCUAAUGUAAGCCUUUAUCAGCCUCUUCCUCCAGUCAUCAAUCACACCCUACCGUCACAAAAGAAAAAUUUAGCUAGAGCAUUUAUACAUUUUCGUCCAGAGUGUGGUUCAGAUAACUUGUGCAUACCAGAUCUUCGACUUGUUGAUGUAGCUGUUUUGGACUUGCUUCCGGGUUCAGUGUAUAUUAUUAGAGCCAAGACUACAAUCACUUUUCGAGCAAUGAUCACUAAUCAGGGAGAAGACGCAUACGAGAGUAAGUUGGUUGUUACCACACCAAGUGUGCUUUCACUUAUUCAGGUAGUCAUCUCAUCUGUUAACUCAUACUGCAUCCAAGAUAAAGGUCACGAUGAAACUUUGGUAGAGUGUGACCUUGGUGACCCACUCAAGUCUGGCACUACCCAUAUUGUGGAAAUAGUAAUGAGCACGGUGCACAUUCCACUCUCGUUAAUUAGUUUGAAUGUGCAGUUCUCAGUUAGCAGUUCCAACAUAGAACUAAGUUCUACUCUCAGUGACAAUAUUGCACGGAUGUAUGUACCCGUGGGAGCUGAAGCAGACUUUCUUUUGGAAGGAGUGAGCAACCCAGAUCAAUACCUACUGCAGAAGAACUUUUCUCGGUUUCCAAAUGUAGAAACUGAAAUUGGGAAUCACGUGAAUUACACUAUGUUUGCUUCAAAUAGUGGUCCUUCGGUAGUGCCUGAGGCUUCUCUUUUUGUAGCUCUACCUACACACACAGCUCAAGGUUUCCCUCUCUUAUACGUGAUGAACAUUGAUGAAGCUGGCAAUGUUUAUUGUGAGGAUGAGUACGUUAUUAAUCCUCGUGCUAUUGCAACAAUUUCUCAGGUGAACUCUGAGCAUAGACAGAAAAAUUAUGAACCGAAGAGUCAAGCAGCUAUCGGCACUUCUGUUCAGUCAUCAUUUGAUGUUGAGAUUCUUGACCAACUGGUGAGUAAUGCCACACAAACAACUGGACAAGAGGUCAUCGAGUCUCUCAAAAGAGAGUGUGAAACUGAUUUAAUCCAUUGCACUGUACUGACUUGUCAUCUGAAUGACAUGUAUGCAGGUAGUGAAGCUGGUGUAGUUAUCACCACAAGACUUUGGGAAGCAACUCUAUUGUCACGAGAAUUUGGAUUUGAAGAUCUGAAACUUUCCAUUGUUGCUCAUGUUAUGCCUGUGAAUGCUCCUGCUAUCAUAGGAGUUGCCUCAGACCAUAUUGUAGUCUCUACCUCGGUGUCACAUGGUGCAUUAGAACAACAAAGCAGCAGCUUGCCUGUAUGGGCUUAUGUCGUUGCUGUAGUUGGUUCGUUGCUUAUCGUUACUGUCACAGUUGGUGUAAUGUGGAAAGUUGGUUUCUUCAAGAGGAAUACCAAAGAAAAACUUAAGGAGGAGAAGCGGAAAAGCCAGAUGUAUCUAGAAGAGUAUGAAAUGACAGAGUUGGAAGAACAAGAUAAAAAUUGUGCACCAGUUGAUGAAAAGUGCUGAGUGACUGACAGGAAGCAGUGACUUUACCUCGUAUAUGCAUAUAUACACAUACUGAUGACCACAUUUAACGGUAGCCCUUGCAUUAAUCAUACAUAUCUUUGCUACUCGUACACUAAGCGAUGGACAAGUUCGUAUAUCAUUCUAGAGUUUGGAUCAUUAAGUAUGAAACAUGCUAUACUGAUACAAAGAACUUGAUUUAUACAGAAUUGUAGUGUU